AAUUAACUCUUCAUCUUCAGUCUUCACGUUCAAAUCAACCGUCUCUACUGUCCAGCAAGAAAAACCAAAAAUCAGCCAUGUCUUCUCUCUCCCUCGCAUUCAAUAGUUUCGCCAUAUGUCCAAAAAUCCAUCCCACAUCAACUCUCCUGCGACCCAAAACACCCAUCACUCUAUCAUCUUCUACCUCCAAACUCCGUUAUUUACCUACGAUCAGAUGUGCUCGCCAGAGUCCUGAUAUCCUUCCUGUUGAUCCAGUAAUAAAACCUAGAUUGGAACUCUUCCUGUCAACUGCAGCAAGCUUGUAUCCUCUCUAUGUCACUGCGGGAGGACUCCUUGCUUGCUGGAAACCUUCAGCUUUUGAUUGGUUCGUGCAGGGAGCGCCACUCUCGUACAGUCUGUCACUUGGGUUUAUUAUGUUGACCAUGGGACUCACAUUGGAGCUCAAGGAUUUUUUUCAACUGUUCGUGGAUAGACCUUUCUCUAUACUUUUUGGAUGCUUCGCGCAAUAUGCCAUUAUGCCAUUGUUUGGGGCGCUUAUCAGCAAGAUUUUGGGGCUUCCGCCAUCACUUUCUGUUGGAUUGAUAUUGCUUGGAUGUUGCCCAGGAGUAUUACAGGUGACCUUAAUUGCUCAAGGAGAUGUUCCACUAUCUAUUGUAAUGACAGUUUGCACUACCCUCGGAGCAGUAGUUCUCACUCCUCUUUUGACAAAGAUUCUGGCAGGAGCUUAUGUUCCUGUUGAUGCCAUUAAGCUCUCCAUCAGCACAAUGCAGGUGGUGGUUGCUCCAAUUCUGUUAGGUUCCUAUCUACAGAGAAAGUUUCCUGUAACCGUGAACAUUAUAACACCUUUUGCACCAUUAGUGGCUGUCUUAUCCUCAUCACUUCUUGCAUGCAGUGUAUUCUCAGAAAAUGUUGUUCGUCUCAAAUCUUCAGUUCUUGCUGCACCAUUCUCAUCUGGUCUCGGUCCUAUUCAUCGCAUUCAAUUGAUAUUUUCUGGAGAAUUAGGUCGCAUAAUACUUUCUGUGCUUCUGCUACAUUUUGCUGGUUUUUUUGUUGGGUACAUUUCAGCAGCUAUUUGUGGGUUUAAGGAACGUCAACGCCGGUCGAUAUCAAUUGAGGUUGGUAUGCAGAACUCUUCAUUGGGUGUCGUUUUAGCUACAAGUCAUUUCUCUUCACCGAUGGUUGCACUACCGCCAGCCAUGUCUGCUGUGAUCAUGAACAUCAUGGGUAGCAGUCUAGGGUUCUUCUGGAGAUAUGUUGAUCCUUCUGAUCCAAGCACUCCUGAGGUUGAUGACCGGUGACCCUGACACUGACUUUUGUGUUGGGUCCUUAAAAAGCAAGAUUUAUUUAAUCUUAGUGAGAUAUUCUUUGGAAAUAUUUCUAUUCCGUGUAACAUGUAAAACUGAUGUGGAAUGAAAAUGAGAUCGUUUCAUGAGUUGUAAAGAAAGGAUUGGUUGAGUUAGUGAUCAAGAAGGGUUUCUUGUAUUUAUUUCAUUAUAAUCAGGGUUCUCUUCCAUUCAGUUAGAUCAUAAGAAAUACUUAAAAUGUAUUAUGUGAAUGCACAUCCAAGCAGCAAUGCAUUGUGAGGUGGGGAAA